AACAAGAAGUCGCUUAAAGCUGGGUCAUUAAGCUUACCUGUGUAAUGCAUUUGAUAAAUUCUACAAAAUGGCGGACGUGAAUUUGUUGUGUGUGUUUUGAUGAAACAUCGUUAACUUAAUGAAGAUAAAAUGAGCAAAUAAUCAAUUAAUGUACGGUUAUGCGGAUAAAAAAUGGCUAAGUACAGCAUGUCAAGAGUGGUGGUGAUGCUAGCUGGUAUCAGUUUUGUCUUAGGACAAGAUACAAAGUACAUGGACUCGCGCUCCUAUUGCGGCCAGACAUACCGGGUGGGAGACCAGAACGAGUUCUUCGUGGUUCCACGAGGGCCCGUCACCGAUGCCAACCCGAUCACUCAGUGCACCAUCACGUUUGAGUCUGCGUACACGAGCAACAACUACAAGUUUGAGCUUGUCAUGGAACGAAUCACUUUCGGCACGGACUGCGGGAUGAUGCUGAAGAUUUACGACGGGUCUUCUGUUGGUGGUCUAGGUCUGCAAACGUUGGGCUGUGGUACCGCGUCUACAGGGAAGCUGUAUCCAAAGUCUCAAGCGGUCACAUUUUAUCUCACGCGCACUCGAGUGCAGUAUGACUUCAGUUCAGACUUCCAAAUUCGAGUUAGGAUGUAUUAUGAUCCCUCAGCCGCUGAUAACAUAGUAGGCACAUCACGGUUCCCAGCUGGUGCCAUUGUGGGCGUGGUGCUGGGGGUGAUAGUUCUCGUUGCUGCGGGGAUCCUGCUAGGCUGGUGCUACAAGACCGGACGACUGCCGGGCAUGGACCCCUACAGUUACCCUGCAGGGGGGUCCAAGGCAGGGGGAGAUAAUUUCUCCCGUAUGGACGGCGGGGAUGACGGGACCUCCUCGACGAAUGGUGGCUUUAAGUCUUGGCAUAAUACAGAAUCGAAGACUGUCACAGAGAAAGAGCCGAAGAGCCAUUUUGAUAUGGAUGAUUCUAGAAUGUGGGAAUCUUUGACUAAUAUUAGUUCUGGUGGCAAUAGUGCCGUUAAUGCAAAUGUGAAUAAGCCUGUGUUAACCAAACCUCCUCCUUUGCGACCUGUGCCUAUCGUCGGUAAGUCGGUUCAAAACAAGGCAAACACUAACUCUCAGAGGCUCGAUCCAAGUAAUUUGUCCAAUUCACCCAAAACGAGGGUAAGGGGACGAGGCGAAUCAAAAACUGAUCCCUACAAUACCAUAAACGACAAUUUCAGUAGGGAUGCUAAUGAGAGAGACAGUGGCAAUAGUGGGAACUCUUUAUUAGAUGAGAUCAAAGCUAAGAGGAACUCUUUUGGUGUUUUCGUUAACCCCGACAAAGAGGGAUACCUGUAUGACUACGAUCAAGUGAAGAAGCUGGAAGGAGACCAACCUGAUAAAACUGUGGAAAUUCCAAAAACGCAGGACUUUGGCUCCGAACUUCGAAAUGCAAUUCGAAAAUCAAGUUUGCGACGGGCAAAAUCAGACACAAACACUAGUGACAGUGAUGCCAAUGGUAAAGUGGAUUCCAAUGCGUCCAAUGAUUCUUCCGCAUUUAACAGCACAAACGCUGUCAACAAGACGGAUGGCGAAACAACCGGACCAGAGGCCCAGUCCUCGCCAAAACCCACCAAGAAAAAACGCAAAAGUUCCAAGGAACGAAAGUCCAAAAAGCAGAAAGAUGACAAAUCUCCCUUAAAAUCUCCCAAGAAAAACAACGACACCUCUAACGACACUGAUGCAAGUGUACCCCCAGAGGUGUACCAGCCGAUCUUCUCUGAAGACGAAAACAAUGACAUAAGUGCUGACUACUCACACAUGUAUCAACCAGGUUACCAAGGGCCCCACCAGCCAAUGCCCAUGUACGACCCGCGCUAUCCCAUGGGUCCCUACCCGCCUGGCAUGCAGGGAAUGUACCCGCCCGGGGUGCCCUAUCAGCAGGCGGGGCAGGCCCAGUGGUAUAUGGAGGCCGACCCGAACGGCCAACAUAAGAUGGCUUUCGCCAUGCAGACCCAUAGCCAGAGCGAUGCUGGUAGUGGCAGGCAUCACGGUGAACCUAACUUCACAUCCACUCCAUAUAAAAUUGGUACUGGUAACCGACCUAACCAGUCUGCUCUGGUCCCUGCUGGCACUAUCUUAGAUGACCCAGAGAUUCCUCAGCCUGGUACAUCCCUCAUGCGCUAUGGUGAGGACCCGUUAUCUGGCGUCAAGACUUCUCAGGUGGUUUGGACAGACGCCAGGCGUGACCCAACUGACCCUCCGCCCGAUUCCAGCUCUCAGGUGACCAGGAAAACUAUAACCAGGAUCACUACAAGAGCCACCAAGGAUGAGCUGCCUGAUCAUGCGGGACCAAGUCUUCAGGACAUGUCCUGGCAGGCAGCCCAAAACAUUCAGGCUAGCGGCGGUCAUGAGCCUGCCUUCAUGUCUCCCACCAGGGCAGCGUACCAGGCCAAUGCUAUACAGUACGCCAAUGAGACCCCAGACCGUUCCAACGCGUCCUACUACACAGGCGGAUCUCGUCACCCGCCUCGCUCCAUCGCUGGUCCCCCGCCGCCCGUGAUCCAUGAGGAACCAGACAGGAACACAGCUUUCAGGGAUCGUAUAGUCCUUAACAACUCCGGCAUGAUCUAGUUACUAGAAUGAGUUUGUUUUCCUGUCAUGUAGAUAAAUCUAUAGCAGGCCUUUUCCCUGGAUUUUGUGAAGGCACCAGGGCAUACUUACAAUUGGCUAUUGUUUUUGAAAUUUUUCUGUAUUUGAUGAGUUCUAUAACUUAAUUCCUUCAUUACUUCAGAACUAGGACAUGCACAUACUCACAAUAAAUGCACAGGGUGUUCCUGAAUUUAAAGUUUAGGUACAGGGUUAUCCUUAUUUGACAAUUCAUAUAUAGGGGUACUCCUGAAAAUUCAACCACAAGGGUACCACUGUGCUUAUAGACUCUAGGGAAAAGGCCUUAUAGGCAAUUUAAUUCACUGCAGGACAACCUGUUUGAAUAAUAUCACUCGUUCCUGUUUACAUUGGGUUGACCUACACAGACUGUGUAGGUCUUACGUAUUUACUUACUUACUGUGAUGUUUUCAGAUUAGGCAAACAUUAAUUUAUCAGGUCUUGAUGACUGAAAGGUCUGCAAACUCAUGUUUCAAGAUUCCAUAACUCAUUUGUGGAUUAAAUAGACUUGUUCACAGACUGGCAAAUUGACUAUUUAAAAAUAUUGUCUAAUAUUAAAAAGAAUAUAUACUUUGUUUUUUAACAAGAUUGAAAACUCAUGAUUAAAAAAAUAUUAAAAAUAUCAGUUUGUUAAUGUAUACUAUUUUUAUAUUGAUAAGUAUGAAAAGUGUCUAUUACAAACACAAAUUCAAAUCCCAAUUCAAGGCAAUAUUUUGUAUUCGAUGUUUUUUUUCUUGAUAUCAUAGUUUCAACAAUAUUCUGUUUAAUAAUGUUUGUAAGUAAAUAUAUUCAAUGACUCUUCUAACACAAACUAAUUUGAAGACAAGUUCCUUAAAUGUCACUGUUUCUAGUUGUUUAAAAUUAAGUGAAAAACAUUCUGAAUAUUUGUACUCAUGUUUCAUCUUGUUUAUACUGCAUAAUAUAUUUAUGUUAUGACAUAGAUUUGAUAUUACUACUGUUUUAUUGUAGUCGAUGCACUUUUUAAAUAGUUUUAUAAAUGUAUUUUUACAUGAAUAUAAUUUUUUGUAUACAUUAUUCAGGGGUGUAAAAUUCCCCAUUUUAUUUCACACCCUGAAGGAUAAGUGAUUUCAAAUCCUUAUUUGUCCUUUCAAAAACUCGCCCAUAAAAAACAUAUGGUUAAAAGAUCAUAAAUACAAAUUUUCUUGUACAAAUUCAUAAUUCUUUUAACAUUUACUUUAAAUUAUUGUUAUCUUUAAUGUUCCUUACCAUUCUACAGCGCAUGAUACAGAAUACCAGAACAUGACAGUGUAAAUAAAGGUUUUGAGAGAUGACGAAUUUGCAUACUCCAUUAAAUUUACAGUGGUCAGGAAGUGCCUGUAGGCAUACAGUAGUAAAUAAGUAUUGUUCUAAACAGACAUUCCAGAAUAGGCUGAUACCAAGCACCUUUCUAUGUCCGCAUUUUAUUAGAAAAUUAUUCACUGUGGCUCUUGGGUUGGCGGUUUACAUCUUCAUCGUGAUUAUGGCAUUUUAAGAUUUUAAACAUAAAAGUGCAUAUCAGUGAGACCAUCAUAAUAUGAAUCAACCAUGAUAUUUCCAAAUUGAAUAUUUAAACAUUAAUUGUUACUUUGUUAUUGAUCAGUGUUUUUAAAAAUUCUUUAGGAGUAUGCAAGUGCUUAAGAACAAAAGUACAUGUAUGUUCUUUUUGUGUAUAUUAGGCUUUUACCAUUCAUCCUUUAUGCAAUAAUUAGAGUUUCAUAUGACGUAAUAUUCAAAUCAUAGUGCAAAGGCUGUUAGAUACAUUAUUAUCCCCCGCCAUAGGCGGAGGGAUAUUGUUUUGGCGUUGUCCGUCCGUCUUUCCGUCCGUCCGGAGCCAUAUCUUGGAAGUGCUUUGGCGAAUUUCAUUGAAACUUGGUAUGAGUAUAUAUAUGGAUAAUAGGAUGAUGCACGCCAAAUGGCAUUGUACACCAUCUGAUAAUAACAGAGUUAUGGCCCUUUGUAUCUUGAAAAAAAAUGCUUUUUUUAGUGUCAAAUAUAAGACUUUUGUGUACAGAAGCAUAUUGGCGGGGGAUAUCAAUUCAAAGAAUUUGCUUGUUUGUUUAAACUGUUGGGGACAAAUAGGUUUGCUUUUUCCAUUUGUUGAAGCAUAUGUUCAUGUUUUAGUGUAGUAGCAUUGUUAUCAAUGUGGCGAAACAAUAACUUUAAUUAUAUCUGUAAAAUUGAGUGAUAUGUAAAUGUACUGCAGUACAGAAAGCAUUUGUGAAUGGACAGCAAUUUUAAGUCUUGUUUGUCUUAUCUCAUUUUGAUUUCAACAUAGUAUUCAUCAUUUUAUGUCGUAACUAGUUGCGUGCAAUAGAAUUGCGUACAGAUUGGUUCAUUUCUAAUAAGCUCUGGAAUAUUUUUGUUUAACAUUCCAAUAUAAUUGUAUAGAAUUACUUCCAUACAUAUAUACCACAGGUGCAAGCACCAUCAUCAGUUUCAUUUUUCUCACCACCAACAUCUAAUCCCACUACGAACAUAACCAACAUCAUCAGCAUUAUCAUUUUCAUGAUCACCACCCUCAUCAUCAGCAGCAGCAGCAUUUCACAUUGUCAUAGCAUCCACAUUAACAUCAACAUCACCACCAUGAAAAAUCACCUAAAUUUCUGAAAUGUUUAACUUUAAUGCAUUUCUCUAAAUGUUAGCUAUUGUACCCCAAAGCACAGUAGAGAUGGUAUACUGUAAUCAGCAUGUCUGUCUGUCUGUCUGUCUGUAGAAUCAAAGUGGUCUAAAAAAAUUAUUCCUCCUCUUUCCAUUUUUCAACAUUUAAACUUGCAAACAUUCUUUGUUAUAUUGCAUCACUCUACAUUAAAAUUUGCUAAAUUGAUGUGCCUUUGUAAGUUUGUUCAACUUAGAAUUUCAUUUAACAUGAUUAUAACAUGUUAAAAUGUCUAAAGUUUUGGAGGGGGGGUAUUCAUUAUUGCAGUGCAGUUUUAUUUUUCUUUGUGAUUUUUUAUAUUUUUCUUUUAUAAAAAAUUAUUUUUAUUGUAUAACUCACAAUCUCACAAUCAUUGUACAUAUUUUACCUACAUUAAUGUGGUUAGUGAUAGAAAUAAAUAUUUACAUUA